AUGGAUGACCUAUUUGAAGAUGACAUGAGCUUCGAAGCUGGAGAAUCAAUGCCCAACGAUUCUUUAUUACCACACUCUCAAAACCGGACAUCCAUUAUGAGUGAUUCCACCCAGACCUCUACUGCGACAUUGUUCCGUCCAGCCCAACCACGUAAUACCCCAGCCUCAGGCGCUUCACGACCGGCAGCAGGCCGCAACGGAGUCAGCAGCGUGAAGAAGUUUACCGAUCUGUUGAAACUGACCAAAGAAAAUCAUGACAUUUUGCAGAAGAUGUACGAGAUCACUUCGCCGGGUGAAGAGUAUUUAGGAACCUUGGCCUACCUGGUUUUCGCAUGCCAGCAAGGAAUUUCGGGUGGACCCGGGGAGAAGUGGGUACCUGGACGGGUAAUUAGAAACGCUUUCAAAGACGCCGUGGCCGACUUCAUCUUCCGACCAGACCUUCAGGCAUUUAGCAAGACCGUCGCUGCCAAUCACACCACGAUGGUGGACAGUCUCGAAAUCCUCACUUUUUUGACACCAAAGGCCUUUCAACAGAACUACCUGAAGAGCCUCAAAGCGGAUUAUGUUGACAAACACUUGCCUGGUGAUUACGUUGCGGGUGAGGCCUGUAUCCCCGGGACUGCGACAUACUUAUUUAUCAAAGAAACGUUGAAGAAUCAGCGCAGUAAGGUGCGCUCAGCGCUUCUUACCAACAUCCUUGGGGCACCCGAGGGAAGCGCGCUAAUGGUGCCCGCAAGGAAGACGAUGGUGCUAACGGUUGCGAGAGUUUGCCUCGCCGAAGCAAGAUCUCUCGGGGACGACGAGUUGUUGUUGAAGUUGGGUAAAGACAAGGUGGGGUGGAUCAUUUUCAUGCGAUAUGUGACAGUUUACAACUACCUCAACCACACUGAAAACAAAAAACAUUGCCAAUGGACGCUCAUGGACGAGGCAUUGGCUGAUUUACGAGGCCAACCAGCCCGCAAUCGUGCUUUGUACUUUAAUCGACUACGGCGCUAUGACCGAGAAACUUUUGAUGGGACACGCUCAUGGGCAGCCAUCAAAGCCUCUGGACUGCCACUCCAAUCACCGGUGGUGGAGAAAGUUCUCGCACAAGGUCCAGACAAUCACCCACAGGGAGAGAGGUCUGGUAUUGUCUCUGAAGGGGCAAGCGCUGGUGAUCAGACGAUGGAGGAAGAUUUUCUGGAGGACCAAUGA